AUGAAGCUAAUGCUGCAUAUAAGAAUGGACGAUGCGGGUGUGGUGGACGGCUGGAGUCGAAGUCGUGGCCGAAUGGGUGUGAAGGUGACCGAAGCGAAGAUGGCGACAAUGUGGACAAUGAGGCAGGCGUUUAGAAGUGGAUUAGAAGUGAACACGAAGGAACGACUGGCGCCCAGCCGUGCUCUUUGGCAGGCACCCAACAUUGAGCCCAGCGGAAAAGUGGGGCACCUUCCUUACUGUUUCCUCGCUGUAGAGGCAAGAGCGGCGUGUUUCGCCAAGACGCAGGAUUACGCAGUUGGACCGGCAAGUGGGUCCAGUGAGGGCGCCCUUGGGAAGGAAAGAGCAAAGGCAAGACCACCACGAAGAAUAUACAGUCUGAAUUGA